AUGGCCGAAUUAUUCGACGCCGUCAACUAUUGUCGCCUCAAGGGCGGCGCUAUCCAUUCGGACCUGGAAGAAGCAGUCAAGCUGAUCAUGAGGCACGAAAAACGGAUCGAAAGACUGAAUGGUUUUACGCCGCAAUAUCGACCCCUUAGCGCUUAUGAACUCCCCGGCGCUGAGCCGAGACGAGUAUUCGAAAUCAUACUGCUGGAGGAGUUGGAAGACAAGAUAUUCGCAAGCACAAAGUUACCAAGUUAUGAAGAGUGUGAAAGACCAGCUCGCUGGAUCAUGAUGUUCUGGGGCAACGACUUGCCCGUCAUCACAAAACCUGGAGAGGAUCUGGUGCUCAUACUUUUCCAGCUAGCAUACAUCCUCCACGUUGAACCUGAGCGAGUCUUAGGGUCAGCCCAUGACGCGCCUCAGGCCAACGGAUCUCAGGUCCACGGAAAUAGUUGGAACGGCCAUAUCGCGCCUCAGGCCAACGGAUCUCAGGCCCACGGAAAUAGUUGGAACGGCCAUAUCGCGCCUCAGGCCAACGGAUCUCAGGCCCACGGAAAUGAUUGGAACGGCCAAUUUCGGGCCCUUCGCGACGAAUAUAUCCCCGAAGAGCAUUACUUUUACUUCUUAUACCGACUCCUUCAUCGUAUUAACUCAGUUGGCUGGAGAGGCCAUCCACUUGAUGUACAUCGGGCGCAGGUCUUGCUUGUGUGGUCAAUAGUGAAGGCCCACCGAGGCGUCUCACUUCGUGACUUCUUGCGCUCAGAGAACCCUCGAAGGAGCUAUGUAUCAUCUGAAUAA